AUGCUUUCACACAAUGUCAGUUUGAAUCGGUCGGCUAAUUUCUAUUCGUUACCCCACUCGGGUGCCGUUGUUAUUGAUGUGAUUGAUGUGAUGGUUGUGAAAAGACUCCAAAAUCUGAGGCUCAAAGUUUCGAAUCAUCUGGGUGAUCUGAAAAUUGUUGUCGGUUUGAGGACCUCGAUGAAGACGUUGGCGUUGAUUCGUUGCGCUGAGGAGAAGAUUGAACUCGACCACCGGGUGAUUUUGGGAGCUGACUACUUCAAUCUUUGUGAGUAG